AUGGAAUCGAUCAAUGUGGUUGAAGAUGACACAGGUUCCCCUAUUGCAUCUCUAAAUGAGGAAGAAAAUGUUGAUCCAAGAAUUUUGGAUACCGAAACACAAUAUCAAGAAGAAGCACAAGACCAAGCUCAAGAAGGCGAAUCAGCACAAUCACUAUGGACUAGUCACGCACCGUGGUGGCAUGCCGACGGGGAGAUUCCGGCCUGUGGGAUCGUCCAUUGGACCAUAGAGUCUUGCCAUAUCAGACUGGACCACCCACUCAUUACUGCUCUCGUCGAGAGAUGGCGCACAGAGACUCAUACAUUUCAUUUCCCGACCGGUGAGGCCACCGUCACAUUGCAGGACGUAUCUGUCCUAUACGGUCUACGGAUUGAUGGGCGAGCAGUUACUGGACUUGACCCAUCAUUGACGACGGAGCAGUGGAUAGCGCUAUGUGCUGAGCUAUUGGGAGUAGCACCUACACUUGCAGACUUACAGGCAGGUAGAGUGAGGGUGAGGUGGCUGUCGGAGCAUUUUCAGGGCGAUUUUCCAGAUGAUGCUGCAGAUGAGUUAGUACAGCAGCAUGCGCGAGCAUAUAUUCUGUGGCUUAUUGGGGGUGUACUUCUCCUUGAUAAGUCACAGAACCUGCUCAAGCUGAUGUAUUUGCCACUGUUGAGAGACAUUGACGUCAUCGGCCAGUACAGCUGGGGCGCCGCGGCUUUGGCAUGCUUGUAUAGGAUGUUAUGUCGAGCCACUCAGGUGGGUGUGACUCAGAUCGGAGGACCCCUUGUCUUGCUACAGAUUUGGGCAUGUGAGAGAUUGAUUCGCAUUGCCCCGUCUAGGCGGCAAGUGGUUGCUCUUGGUGAGCUUUCCAUCGGCCAGGGAGACAUAUAG